UAAAAUACUUAGUUACGUUUAAGUAAUCAAACUGAAUGCAAAACUCAGAUCUUUGAUUUGGUCCGAAUUGAAUAACUUAGUACUAUAUUCAUUGAAGCAAUAACACCUUUAAAUAUGAAUACGAAACUUAUCAUUUUGUUACUUGGAGCAGUUGCAUUUGCUCAAAUAUGUGCUGCACGACCGGAGGCAAAGUCAUCAGAGGAAAUCAAUGAAAUUGCGAAGGAAAGUGACUUUAAAAAUAAAGUUACUACGUUUCUAGUAAAGGCUAUGAAAGAAAAAGAUUCAUUAAAUGACCACUUUAAGGUACUUAUAGCAGUUACAUCUGAGUACGCUGUGCACGUUCAUGAAUCCGUACAGGAAUGGCUUAAGGUUUGUGAACUUUUGCUGAAAGAACCUUUCAUAGAGAAAUUGGAUACUGAAGAUAUACAUGCAAGAGCUGAGGACAUUGCUUAUAUUGUUAAAAAAGCUGAAUCAUUGAAAAAAAAUGAAAAAGAAGAUCCUGUUUCAGGUUUGCUUGAUGUUUCUAUUGCAUUUGGCUUAAUUAUGGACAACUAUAAUGUAACAAUAAUGGAAAAACCAACAAUGGAAGAUGUUCUAUUCGGUUUAGCAUUGGAAAAAAAUGGGAUUGAAGAAGCAAACAAGAAGAUUGAAAAAAGUUUUUCGAAAUUCUUAGUAAAAAUGAUCGAUAUUGUGGAUAAGUACAUCGCUAACUUGUCAGCAGAAAAUAAAGAAGCUGAAACGAAAUUGAUUAACUUCAUGACGAACUUCAAAAUUCAAAAUAUCAGUAUUCAAAGGAAAAACAUUUUGAACUUCUUGAGAUUAUUUUAAUUAAAAACUUCAUUUACUUCAAUAUCUGCUAAAAAGGAUAGAGUAAAAUUGAUUAAUGUAUUUUUUUAAGUUUUGUAAAUAAAUUUAUUAUGGAAAAUAAUA